AAGAAGGAAACAGCAAAUUUCCAUGCUUUUCUGGCCAUAAACACCCCAUCUCGCUGCAAAGCCCCAUCUCCUUCCAGGGAACGCUGAAGGGCUUUUCUAGAAACAGCUCCUUGGCAUUUUAGCAUUAAAUUCCUGUUUGUUCCAUUCUUGGGGGGGCUGGGGGAAGGAGAAAUGUGGAGCCUUUAACAGCACUUGGUACCAUUACUCCAGGCCAUGUAGUAACAGGGAUCUCCCUUAUUGCUCUGAGCAACAGCGAAAAGCACAUGGUGACACAAACACAGCCUCGAUGGCAGCAGCUUUGGCACAGGGGAAGCUCCAGCCAAGUUCAGUGCUCUGUUCUAGCAUCCUGACCCCGCUGCUGGAUGAGGGCUUUUCUGGAUGAGGGAUUUUCCAGCCAACACGGCCUGAAGAGCUCGGUGGAGGCACCAGCUCCAUGAGCUGUUCCAUGCUGGCUCGCAUUGUGUCCUUGGGAGUGAUGGCCGCUCUGUCCCCUCCCUCUGUCCCACAGCAGGGCUGGAGCCACCCGUGCCCCUGGCACGGGAGGAAGGCAGGCUCAGGAGAAACCAACUUCGUUUCUCUGAGCUUCCAGCCGAGCAUUUCUGAUAACCACAGUUUGGCGAGGGCUGUAAUUUCUUUGGUUUAUAUAUAGAGGAGCUGAGGCUGGGCUGGAGACAAGGACAAUAUAAAAGGGCCGCCCAGCCCCACUCCCGCAGCCAGGCUGCUGGAGCCGGAGAGCUGCGGGGUGCCCCUGUCCGUGGCCAUGGACACAUCCUACCCGCGGGAGGACUACCUGCCCAUGACGUCCCACAAGCGGGACCCAUCUCCCACUGCUGUCACCUCUGUGCCGCCCCGCGAUCACCUCAUCUGGUCCAUCUUCAACACCAUCUACAUGAACUUCUGCUGCCUCGGCUUCGUGGCUCUCGCCUUCUCCGUCAAGGCGCGGGACCGGAAGGUGGCAGGGGACGUGGAAGCCGCUCGGCACUUCAGCUCCAAAGCCCGCUGCUACAACGUGCUGGCCACGGCUGGCAGCGUGCUGCUGCCCAUCCUGCUCACUGCCCUGGUGGUCACCGGCGUCCUCCACCUUUCCAAGCUUGCCCAGGACUCCGUGGGCUUCUUCAGCUCCCAGUUCAGCACCAGCGACGACGAGGACAAGUGAGCGGUGGGCAAGGGGAUGGCCAAAGCUCGUCCGCAGCGCUGGUGACCCAGCCCUGCCGUGCCCAACCCCAUGCUUCUUGGGGCAGCUACGUUAUUUGGUGUGGUUAUUUGGUGGUGGUGUUUUUUCUUUUUUUAAUCUCUCCCUCAGUGCUUAAUAUUUAAAUCAUUAAAUCAUUUCAGCCAUCGCGAA